UCUCUCUCUCUCUCUAUACUGACUGGGGGGGGGGGGAAUGGAGUUUGUGGUCCUCACACGUCCUUCUCUCUUUUUCACCUUUUCCCCUGUUUUCUGCUUCUCUUCGCCUUUCGCUGAUCGAUUCUUCUCUUCCUUUGUCUCCCAAGGUCUUCGCUUUCCUAAGUUCUCCUCCUCCUCCUCCUCUUCCUGCUCUGUUUGUGAUUUCGACGAAUGGAGGCGAUGAGUAGCCGGUACGAAGGGAAGCGAGGGGUCAGGGAGAAGGCGAAGAAGGAAGUGGUUGCAGUGGUUGAGGAGGACCCAGAUGAUGAGGAGGAGGAGGAAGAAGCUCUGGGUUACGAGGAUGACAAGAAAAAGAAGCCGACGGUGGCUACUAGAAAGGGAUCCGGUGGAUGUGGUGGUGGUGGUGGGGUGUCGCCGCCUAGUUGCCAGGCUGAAAAGUGCAACGCUGAUCUGUCUGACGCUAGGAAGUAUCAUCGCCGUCACAAAGUCUGCGAGCUUCACUCCAAAGCUCCCGUUGUUCUUGUUGCUGGCCUUCGCCAGCGCUUCUGCCAGCAAUGCAGCAGGUUCCAUGAACUGUCAGAGUUUGAUGAGGCAAAGAGGAGCUGCCGGAGACGUUUGGCUGGACACAAUGAACGGCGAAGAAAAAAUUCAACUGACUCCCAAGGAGAAGGUUCUAGCCGCAAGGAAAACCAUUGUAGGCAGGCAGACCAAAGUGGGAGGAUCCCAAUAACCCUCCAAGGAAAUGCCUCCUAUAAACAUUUCCAGAUCAGAUAAGAUUAAUUGUUCAAUAUCAAGCAUGCUCUCUCUCUUCUGUCAUCUGAUGGCUUCCUUUGACAAGCUGGUACUAGAGUUCUUUGUUCCAAUGUAUUGAAAAUUUGUAUCUAAAUCAAAUGCAAAACCCAACAGCAGGGUCAUAUCCAUCUCAUGGUCAUGCCAAACUGCUGGUUAUGGCAUUAGGUAGAAACCGUUAGUCUCAGCUAGUUCUUUUAAAGUAGUGUUAAUGUGGUGACCUUAUGUCUGUUUAUCUACUUGUGCUUCUUUCUAACAAAAAUGAAUAUUUUCUAUUUUAUUA